GGGACAGUCAGAAUACAAACCCACCCACCCAGUCAGCCAUGGAAGAGUUUGGGUCAGCGUUGGAGAAGAAUGUGGCCGAUUUAACGGUUAUGGACGUGUAUGACAUAGCCGCGGUGGUGGGCCAGGAGUUUGAGCGGAUCAUUGAUCAGUAUGGAUGCGAGGCUCUGUCCAGGCUCAUGCCAAAAGUGGUGCGGGUGCUGGAGAUCCUGGAGGUGAUGGUCAGUAGGAACAGCAUCAGCCCGGAGACAGAAGAGUUGAGGCUGGAACUGGACAAACUACGGCUGGACCGGAUGGACCGGCUGGAGAAAGAGAAGAAACAUAAGAAGGAGCUGGAGUUGGUAGAGGAUGUAUGGAGAGGGGAGGCCCAGGACCUGUUGUCUCAGAUCGCUCAGCUUCAGGAAGAGAACAAAACACUCCUUACGAACAUGUCCAUCAAAGACCCCAUGAGUGAAGAGGACCUGCAGAGGCACGAAGGUAUGUCGGAGCGGGAGCGCCAGGUGAUGAAGAAGCUGAAGGAGGUGGUGGACAAGCAGAGAGACGAGAUCCGAGCCAAAGACCGCGAGCUCACGCUCAAGAACGAGGACGUUGAGGCACUCCAGCAGCAGCAGUCUCGUCUGAUGAAGAUCAACCAUGACCUGCGCCACAAGAUCUCCGUGGUGGAAGCUCAGGGGAAAGCCCUCAUCGAGCAGAAGGUGGAACUGGAGGCGGGAGCUCAAGCACGGGUACAGGAAAUGGGAGCACUUCGGCAGGAAGUGACACGUUUAAGGGAGCGCCUGCAAGGAGACACGCCUCAGGGUUUAGAGGAGCCUCCUCCCCAGCCCCCCUCCCCCGCACAGCCUGGUAGCCCCUGCUCCUCAGAGGUGGGGGCUCAGGGUGUGGGCUGGCCAGAACCAGACAGUCACUACCACCCUGAGCUGAUGUUGGGGGGGUACGAUCCGGCCCCGCGCCUCCCGUCCCUGGAUGACGAUGAUGAGGAUGUAGAGGAAGAGGCAGUGUUGCUAUGGGAGGCGAUGUGUGAUGAGGACACACCUGCUCUGUUCCAACACUUUACCAAGGAGGCGCUAUGUGAUGAGGAGGGCGGAGGCCUGGACCAGAAGGAUCCCAACAGGCCCCGGUUCACACUGCAGGAGCUGAGAGACGUUCUGCACGAGAGAAACGAGCUCAAGGCCAAAGUGUUCAUGCUGCAGGAGGAGAUCGCCUACUACAAAAGUGAAGAGGCGGAGGACGAGACCGGCCCCCCUACUCCUUCCCCUUCUCCCGAACAACUGAGGGCGCGGCCCCGACCCAACGCACAGCCCGAGUCAGGAAUCAAACGCCUGUUUAGCUUCUUCUCUCGCGACAAGAGGCGGAACUCCCAGCGGAAUGCACAGUUUGAAGACAGCUUCAGCUCGUGGGCGGGAAAGGAUGAGGUGUACACCGAACAGGCCCAGGAGGCUUUGCAGCACAUAUAGGGCACGUUCCUCUGACCAGGCAUUGUUGACGCCUGCCAGAUCUUACAACGCAUGGAUAGGUAUUUUAAGUAUCAGCUAACCACAUCACAUGUUAUAGCAAUCUGUCAGGCGAUGAAAUAGUCAAUGACGUGGCACGCAACCAUUGGUUGAUGAGUGCAACGUCUUACCAGGAGAACGUGACGUCGUAAUUGGACAGCGCUUUAUGAUGAGGUCACUCAGAACCAUCUCACUGUAAUGCCCCGCCCAUGCCCACCAUGUGAGCUGCAGUAGCACUUAAGGGACAGUUUGAAAUUUACUGGGGUGGGGAGUUGGUCCAAAAUAGGGGAGGGUUGUCAAACAUAUUUUUUUGCUUUGGGGAGGGUUGUGUGAUUUUUUUUAUUGGGCACAGGGGAGGGUGGUGUAUUUUUUCCCUGGCUUACAUUCCCCAUUUAGCAGGUUUUACUAUAUAAUGUCUUCCAUAUAGUCACAUUUCCUCAUCUGUUUGCUUGCACCUCCCCUAUCAAGGUGUUUUGGUACUUCCCUUAUGCACUACACUUUUCUGCAUGAUUACUAUACAGUCAACUCUAUCCUGCUCUCUAUACAUAGUGACAAUAGUGGAUCUGCAAUAAGUUAACUAGCAAUCAUACCACAUAAAAUCAUUCAAAUCUGCACCGAUUUUCAAUAUAAUUCCACAAGAACAAAAACAAAUAGCUGAUAGGCAGUAGAGAGGCCAGGGUCAUCAUUGUGCAGGAAAGAACAGUCAAGACAUGAUACAGUGCCUUGCGAAAGUAUUCGGCCCCCUUGAACUUUGCGACCUUUUGCCACAUUUCAGGCUUCAAACAUAAAGAUAUAAAACUGUAUUUUUUU